UUAUUAUUAUUACUUCCAUACUCUCUCUCUUCCUUACGCAGUCUACGAGGAAUCGUUAAUGGUUAAUGGAAGCAAACCUUACUGUUCAUACUGAAGAAACAUGAUGUAUUACCGCCGAAUACAAUGUAGAUAUAUCCUUCAAUAGAUCGGAAAAAACUUGAACAAUGUCGAUAAAGUGUCAAAGUAACAGUAAUCUCGGCUCCGUAGUUCUCGAUCGUUCACGCGGCGAGAAGUUCAGUCUCUGGACGUCGUUUUCCGGCUCAUCGAUUCGUCGGAAGAUCAUUGAUGCUGUUCGUUGUGGAGGUCGAUCGCGUUACGUUCCAGAUGAUAUCAACGUUGAAGGAGAAUCAUCGCAUUCGUCUGAGAAGAUAAUAGAGAGAUCUAAAUGUGGAUCCGAUAUGUUGUCGGAGCUUCUGAGGUUGCCGGAUUCAUCGGAAAGAGAAGCGGCGGAGGAAGUGAAGAGGAAGGUUGAAGCGUUGGAUGAGAUGAAGAGAGUAGUUAAGAAUUUGCAGUAUGAUAGUGGUUUAGAUGGAGCUAUUGGUGUAAGAAGACUUGCUAAAGAGAACUCGGAUGCGAGAACUACGCUUGCAAUGCUUGGUGCGAUUCCGCCAUUGAUUGCAUUGAUUGAUUCGGAACAAGUUGAUUUGCAGAUCGCUUCUCUUUAUGCUCUUCUUAAUCUCGGAAUCGGAAAUGACGCAAAUAAAGCAGCGAUUGUCAAAGCAGGAGCUAUUCAUAAGAUGCUAAACCUUCUUGAAUCAUCAAAUGAUUCAGAUAUAUCAGAAGCUGUCAUUGCUAAUUUCCUUGGCUUGAGUGCUUUAGAUGCAAACAAACCAAUUAUUGGUUCUUCAGGUGCAAUCCCUCAUCUAGUGAAAACACUCAAGAACAUAAAUGAUACAAGUAGUUCUCAAGCUCAACAGGAUUCCUUAAGAGCAAUCUACAACCUAUCAAUCUCGCCCAUGAAUGUACCAAUCUUACUAGAAUCUGAUUUAGUCCCGUAUUUCUUCAGCAAAUUGGGUGAUAUGGAUAUUAGCGAGAGGAUUCUCUCGAUACUAAGCAACAUUGUAUCGAUUCCAGAAGGGCGAAAAUCAAUCAGCAGUGAACCUGAAUCAUUCCCAGUGCUGGUAGAUAUAUUGAAUUGGACUGAUUCCCCUUCAUGUCAAGAGAAAUCAUCUUACAUACUUAUGAUCAUGGCACACAAAUCGUAUGGAGACAGGAAAUCAAUGAUUGAAGCAGGAAUCAUAUCGUCUCUACUCGAAUUAACCCUUCUGGGCAGCACUCUAGCGCAGAAGAGAGCCUCGAGGAUACUCGAAUGUUUCAGUAUUGACAAAGGGAAAGUAGUGGUUAUGGACAGUUGUGGAUCAGGUGCUUCUGUAUCAGCUCCAAUGUAUGGAUCUUCUGAUCAGUCAUUACAAUUGAAACAGUAUCGAUUAGAAGAAGGGGAAGAAGAAGAAGGGUCGAGUAAUAUGAUGAGUGAAGAAAGAAAAGCUGUUAAGAAUCUUGUUCAACAGAGUUUACAGAACAAUAUGAAAAGGAUAGUGAAGAGGGCAAAUCUACAUCAUGAUUUUGCACCUUCUGAUCAUUUCAAGACAUUAACAUCUUCCUCAACUUCGAAAAGCUUACCAUUUUAACAACAACAACAACAAAAUCAACCGCGAAAAAAGAAUAAAUCCGGGUAAGUUCUAUUAUAUAUUAAAUGUAGGGUUUUUGUUUUCCCACUAUAUAAAUGCAUGCAUUUUGGUUGAUUUGAAUUUUGAUUUGAUGUUAGUAGUGUUUGUACAAAAUAAUAAUAGCUUAUGUUUUAAUGGUUUAUGUAAUUGAUUUUGAUAAAUGAAGAAAACAAAUUGCAUGAUGAUUUAUAUGGGGUUUAUACAUUUGAUUUGGAUGAAUUUGUAGGAGAUGUAACAGUAAUUUGUCUAGAAUGUGGACCCUAAUGAUAAUGAAGUUUAUUAUUGUGAUAGUGGUGGUGUGGUGGGGUCAUAUUUUUCAUAUGCAAUAACAUGCGUAGGGACAAUUGUAGUACUUUUUGUUUACUCAUUUAUAUGAUUUUAUUUAUUUUAAUUUUCAUCUGGGUAUAUGUCCCUUGUGUGUGGGUUCAUUUUUCUCUCUUGGGACAUGUGUAUAACUGGAAUCUUUGGACUUUUUGAUCUAAUUUAUUAUGCCUGCAAAUUACAGGGUAGAACAUGGGUGUGUUAUAUAGAAUUGUGCUUUUUUUUAACUGCAUCAUUGGUUCUUGUAAUCUGACUUUUAAUUGUUUAUUUGAGCUUUUUCUUUU